GGCUGGGUGGAAAACAUGGCGGAAAUUUCGAAAGAUUGCAGCGUCCCAAGCAAGCUGUCAUGGGAUGGGCUUGAAGUGUGUCGCACAGAGGGGCUUCACUGUCAAGAGUUGGGGAUAACCAAAGCCAACAUCAAUGAGUAUGAGGUGGAGUUCCUCUGUGACUACAAAAAGACGAAGGAAGAAGAAUUUUACCUGGUGAAAUGGAGGGGUUUUCCAGAGUCAGUCAACAGCUGGGAGCCCAAGAGGCACCUCAAAUGCCCCAAACUGAUGAAGCAGUUCCAUCUGGACCUGGAUCAGGAGCUGAGGCGCCAGAACAGACGUUGCAUCCCGAAAAAGCUGGAUAAGGAAACCUCAACUUUCAUAGUUCAGAAAGCUAAACUCCGUCAGAGACUGAAGAGCUGGGAGGCCCAGUUGAAUCUGACUUGCAACCACCCUGGUCGCAUCUAUGUCAUCAAUGAUGUCGACCUUGAGGGUCCGCCAAAGAACUUCACAUACAUCAACAACUACAAAGCUGGCCCUGGCAUCGUUUUUGAUGAAAUGGCUGUGGGCUGUGAGUGCAAAAACUGUUUAGAGGAGCCGGUAAACGGUUGCUGUCCUGGCGCAUCCUUGCAUCGAAUAGCUUACAAUGAAGAUGGCCACGUCCGCAUCAGGCCAGGACAGCCCAUAUACGAGUGUAACUCCCAGUGUCUCUGUAGCCUGGACUGCCCCAAUAGAGUGGUGCAAAAAGGCAUUCAGUUUGACCUGGGCAUCUUCAAGACGGACAAUGGUCGAGGAUGGGGAGUCCGCACGUUGCAGCAUAUAAGGAAGAAUACAUUUGUCAUGGAGUAUGUGGGAGAGAUCAUCACAACAGAUGAAGCAGAGAAACGGGGUCAUAUAUACGACCGCGAAGGCUCGACAUACCUGUUUGACCUGGACUAUGUUGAGGAUGUAUACACAGUGGAUGCUGCUCACCAAGGCAACAUUUCUCACUUUGUCAACCACAGUUGUAACCCGAAUCUGCAAGUAUAUAAUGUUUUUAUCGACAACAUUGAUGAGAGGCUCCCAAGAAUUGCUUUAUUUUCAACACGUGCCAUUCGGGCAGGAGAGGAGCUCACCUUUGACUACAAAAUGCAAAUUGAUCCAGUUGACACAGAAAGCUCCAAGAUGGACUCCAGUUUUACCUUAGCAGGCGUCUCCAGUUCUCCAAAGAAGAGGAUUCGUGUGGAGUGCCGGUGUGGAUCAGACUCGUGCCGAAAAUACCUGUUCUAGUAAAGGACUGGUGCUGCUUAAAAAAAACAAUAUACAACAGUCUGAAAUUUUUUUUGGGGACUAUUGUACAUAUUUUUGUUUUUCCUGAAAGUUCUUUUAAACAUUCAGCUGACCUUCAAACACAACUGGGGCAUAAGCUCUUUGGUUUGCAACUCAGUAGAAAUGGUGGUCAAACAUUAUGGCAAAAUUACUUUGAUCCAAAGUUCAGUGUUCACAUGUUAGCGUUGCUGCACUUGCUACAAGUCAUCCCUCCGUCAGAUUUGAUCCAAUGGUUUUCUUGAUUGUUGAAUGCUUUUUAAACCAGAUGUGUCCACUCCGCUUUCCUCUUACUUUCUGGCAUAGCCAGAUUUGGUGUUCAUUCAAUAUUCUGUCAGACCCCUGUGAAAACUACUUGAGCCGACUUCAUCUGUCAGUACACGAUGGAGUCAUACUGUGACUAUGGUUCAGUGAAAUUCCCUUACAUACAUAUAUUUUUUUCUCUGGGGUUA